UCUGGCAGACACACGUGAAAGGUGCAGAUAACUCCUUGGUCAGAGGUUUGCAUGCCAUCAAUGUUGUCCUUGUCCUUGUUCCUUUUCAAAACCAGAUUUUGCAACUACUUUCAAUAGAUCACAAAAAAAUAAUAACCACAACAAAAAGAAAAAGAAGAAGAAGAAGAAGAAGAAGAAGAAGAAGAAGAAAAAUGGUUAACAUCCACCAUUCUUACACAGUAACACCUUCCAAGAAAACACCAACCACAACACUCUCUCUUUCCCUUUGUGAUCAACUUAAGCUCCCUAAUCAUGGAUACCAACUUUAUCUCUACACAAACAACAAAAACCAUUCACCAUCACUCAUCUCUUCAACAAACAUUCUCAUAACCUCUCUCUCCAAAACACUCACUCACUACUAUCCCUUUGCAGGUAGAUUAACAUGGAUCAAACCAAAAAACCACUUACAACUUCAUUGCAACAACAAAGGUGCAUACUUCUUAGAAGCAACUUGUGAUGAUACUUUAAAAGAUUUAUUAGGUAGUAGUUUUGAUUCUACCCAUGAUGUUCAAAAACUACUCCCAAAAAUUAACUAUGAUGUUCCUAUUGAACAUGUUCCUUUGUUGGUUAUUCAAUUCACCAAAUUCUCUUGUGGUUCUUUCUCUCUUGCUAUUGCUAUGUGUCGUCCUGUUCUUGAUGGUUCCUCUGCUUCUAAUUUCAUCAAUUCAUGGGCUAAGCUAGCUAAAGGUGAGAAUUUAGAUUCUUAUUUGAUUCCUUUUCUUGAUAGAACUUUGUUAGAUUCAAAAAUCCUUAAUUUACCUUCACGUUUUCAACACCAUGAAUUUUCUCCACCACCCCUUUGGGAAAAUUGUAGUAAUAACUCAACCCAUUUGAGAAAAAAUCCAUCUUUUGCCAUUGCCAUGUUGAAAUUCACCAAAAACCAAGUUGAAAAACUCAAGAACAAAGCCAACAACAAUGAAAACAAGGUACGAGGUUAUACUAGUUUUGAGGUUAUUACUGGUUACUUAUGGAGAUGUGUUAGUAAAGUACGUUUUGAAGGUAAUUGGAAUCAACCAACAAGGUUAACAACUUUGGUUAAUUGUAGAAAAAAGUUGAAUCCAUCUCUUCCUAUGAAUUAUUUUGGGAAUGCAACUUUUCCAACAGUGACACAAAUUUGUUCAUUUGAUGAUGUUGUGAAUAAGCCCUUUUGUUAUGUGGUUGGGAAAGUGAGAGAAGCUAUUGAGAAAAUGAAUGAUGAGUAUGUAAGAUCUGUUCUUGAUUAUAUAGCAAAUCAGAAAGAUAUGAAUUUGUUAAGAGACAGGUUUUAUAACUUUGCUCAAAGAAAUGGACAAUUUGGCGAUAACCCGAAUUUGUAUGUUGUUGGUUGGACUAAUUUUCCAUUUUAUGAGACUGAUUUUGGGUGGGGGAAACCUGAUUAUUUGGUUCCUGGGAUUGAUAAUUCUAAUGGUAUUGGUAAGGUUUUUGUUGUUGAUGAUGCUAAUGGUGAUGGUUUUUAUGUAACUGUUUGUUUGCAACCUUUUCAUAUAGAUUCUUUGAAGAAGUUGUUUUAUGAGGAUAUGGAGAUUAUCACUAGUUCCAAACUUUGAUGAUAGUGUAAAAAAAAAACCUUGAACUUUGUGGACCAUUUUGUCAAAUAAAGGUUCAAUGUUGUGAUUGAUUAGGGGCUGUUUAAAUUUUGUUAGGCAAUGUUCUGUAUGUUGUAUUAGUCUUUUCUUUAGAGGAUUUUGUUCAUUUGGUUUGGCAUUGAAAAUUUUUGUGUUA